UCUCUGUAAGAUUAUCAUCAUGAGGCAUCGUUACACUCUGGUUCUGUCUGCAAUGCGGCUGAUACGACCGUCCAACCGCCGCCAUCUAACUUCGAUCGCAAGCCCCGACUCUGAGUUCAUUUCAUAUAUGAACAAUAAGGCUAAGUCCAUCAAUAAAGCACUAGACGAUUCUGUUCCUCUUUGCAACAAUUCUGUUCCUCUUUGGGAGCCAGUACUCGAGGUUCGCGAAGCUAUGAGGUACACGCUUCUCUCAGGCGGCAAACGAGUAAGGCCAAUGCUCUGUUUGGUUGCUAGCGAGCUCGUAGGUGGCCAAGAGUCAACCGCAAUGCCUGCAGCCUGUGCGGUUGAGAUGAUUCACGCUUCGUCACUUAUCCUAGACGACCUUCCUUGUAUGGAUGAUGACAGCCUCCGCCGUGGAAAACCCACCAACCAUAUAGUCUUUGGCGAGAAAACAUCCAUCUUGGCAGCUAAUGCUCUCAUGUCUUUAGCCGUCGAGCAGACGUUGGCAUCGACCUCCUUGGGGGUGCCUGCAGAGAGGGUUCUUCGAGCUGUUCAGGAGAUGGCGAGAGCUGUUGGGACAGAGGGACUUGUGGCGGGCCAAGCAGCGGAUUUGGCUGGAGAAAAGAUGAGUUUUGAGAACGAAGACGAGGGAUUGAGAUAUCUUGAGUUUAUACAUAUUCAUAAAACCGCGGUUUUGGUUGAAGCUGCGGCUGUUGUGGGAGCUAUAAUGGGAGGUGGGUCCGAUGAAGAGAUUGAGAGGCUUAAGAGCUACGCGAGGUGCGUUGGAUUGAUGUUUCAGGUGGUGGAUGAUGUGCUCGAUGAGACCAAGUCGUCCGAGGAGCUUGGGAAAACUGCUGGAAAAGAUUUGAUCACCGGAAAGCUUACUUAUCCGAAGGUGAUGGGUGUGGAGAAUGCGAGAGAAUAUGCAAAGAGGUUGAACAGAGAAGCACAGGAACAUCUUCAGGGGUUUGAUUCUGACAAGGUGGUUCCUUUGUUGUCUCUCGCUGAUUAUAUUGUCAAGAGACAAAACUGACUGUUACUCCAUAGCUUUAAUGACAAAUCAAUGAAAAAAGCAUCG